GUUGAGGCACGCGCGAGUUCAGUGACUCAGCAGAGUGAGAAUUUACACUUUAAUAAUGUGUUUUAUCUACACGAAAUCGUUUAAAGUGGCAAUAUAAGACGCACGUGCAGAGCAACAGAAUGGAAGAAGGAGAUCACGCUGACCAGGCCGAGAGGUCAGAGGUUUUCUCUGCGGAGGAUUACGCCGCAGAGGCCAUGGCGGCGGAUAUGGACCCCUGGAUCGUUUUCGAUGGCCGGAAAAACCCCCGAGCCGAAUUCAACGGAUGGCUAGAGUCCAACAGACCCUCACAGGUCAGUCGCUACCGAAACGAAGGAGGUUCCGGCCCGGUGGGCUGGAUCGCCGUGCACGGGCCCACCUCGUGCAAGGACGCUGCGGAUGUGGAGGGUCUCCAGGACAGCUGGGAGUUGCUGCUGGACAGCGGCCGAAGCAUCACCUUUCACAUCAUCAAGGAGCUGGCGUUGAACCAUAACGUGCUGGUGGGCAAGUGGCUCAUGCAUUUGCACACCGGCUUCAAAGUGGACCGCGCCUGGGAGUGCAUCGCCAGGUCCACGCUGGACGGCAAGAUCUGCUCUGCCAAAGUGAGCCCCAGAGAUCCCCAAUCGGACGCCAAACACGUGAUCUGCGCCUACAACAGGAACUUCACGGACGAAGAGCAGGUGAUGAGUCUGGACGCUGCCAUCCGGGCGGCGGGGGUCAAGUGCGUCCUCUACUAUAAACCUGACGUCUACUCGUAUCUGGGAAUCUACCGCAACAACCGCUGGAAACUCUGUCCGACCAUCUACGAGAGCAUGUUUGAUCUGGAGAGUGUUCCUCGCCGCUCUCACGUUGUCAACAAGGUCACCAAUCUGGAAGUCACCUAGAAGUCACAGCUAUGAAGCCGAACAUUACUCUGUUUUGCGCCUCGUGGCGGAGACUCUCUGUACGGCCUGACGGUCGCGCCGAGGACGACGAGAGCCGGACGGUCCUUGAACGCUUUUGUUUUGGACACACUCAAUUAUUGUCGCAUUCCAGUCACAGAGCUGCAUGUUAGCAGGUUCAAAUCAAGAGAAUACACAAUGAUUAAAGUUAAGGGCUUUAAACGCCUGCUGUUGUUAUUGAAAGAUGCAAACGUGUUCAAUGAAACCGUUGUUUUUUUGUUCUUUCAGAGUGUUUGUUUAAACUUCAACAUAUAAUGUCCGAUAAACAAGCUGCAAACUUUU